AUGUCAUCCAGAGACAGGAAUGUUGAUAUCAAAGAAUUCUUGGCCAACAUCAACUUGGUGCAGUAUCUUCCUUACUUCAAAGAAGCUGGCUAUAAUGCUGUGUCAGACUGCAUAGGAAUAAAUAAUAAUGUGCUCCAGCAAAUUGGAAUAUCACCUACUGGACACCGCAAAAGGAUUCUUAAGCAGUUAGAGAUCACAUUUUCAAAAAUGCAAGAAAAAUCUGUCUCAUCUGAAAAUCUGAAACUCAAGGACUUGGAGGAAAUAGGGGAAAGUCAUUCUUUGUGCUAUGCCCAGGUUUCCAAAAUAUCCAAUUUAAGUUCCAACGGGGUUGCUAAAGCUAGUCCAGAAUUUGUAGCAUUGCCAGCAAGACUUUUUAGUAAAGAAAAGAGUGAAUUUACUGAACAUGAGUUAUUGGAAGUGAAAGAUGGUAGCUUUUCAGAUUUGGAAUCUUCUAGUUCAUCGUACCAGAAAUCAGAUUGUUCAGGAGAUGCUGUCAGCCUUAGUGGAAACAUUGAGAAAAGUGCUAACUUUCAAAAAAUACCUAAUAUGGAUGUUGCACUGGAAAAAUCAAAGGCACAACAAGGUAACUUGCACUUUGACAGCCAUUCUGCAUUAUAUGUCGAAGAUCCAAGUUCUUGGUCUUCUUUUGCUGACUCAUCUGAAACCAAGUCCAGUGAGAAUGAGCAUCUAACAUUCUCAGAGGUGGACAUCUCACCGAAUGUCCUACCAGAUUCUCCGUUCUUUGAGUUUAAAGGUGAAAUGGUGGAUAAUGACUUGUAUGGUCCUUGUAAGCAAAGCUGUACUAAAGUAGUUCCCAGAACAACUCGCUCAUUUAUGCUAAGACAUCGGCCUGUUCCAGAAAUCCCAGGUUCAUCUAAAAUUGCAGCUUCACCCAGUUCUCUGCUGGAAAGAAGAAAUGUGGAUGUUUUAAAUAUUUCUGGGAGCCCAACUUCUUGUACUGGGAGCCCAACUUCACAGAAAAAAACCUCCAGUGAGGAAAAGCCAUCUGUCAUCUCUCCUUAUGGGGAAACUUUUCUUUUCAACAGCCCUGCAGAUGCCAAGGAAAUCUGUGGAAAUGAAUUCUUGGCUUUUGAAGAAAAAAUUGAAGAUGAGGAAGUGACUGAAGAGCAUUGUCUUCAUGAUAAAUCACGUGUAUUUAAUAUCCAGAAAGGGAAAGCAUCAUCUGAGGACCAUGUGAAAAAUGAAUUGAUCUCUCAAGAGGAUACAUUUAUGUUACCAGAACAACUUGCUAGUGAAUCUGAAUAUACUACUGUGGAAGAAUGUUCUCCGUAUUUAAGAACAAAAAACCAUAAAGCCAAAAAGUAUUCUUCAUUCCCUACUAAGAACCGAAGCAGAAAUCUGGAACAGUCUGUUAAAGAAUCAAUUUAUUUUCUGCCAUUUGGUGAUAAACAAAUUAUCACCCCGAACGAUUCAAUAACACCCUAUGCCUGUUUUUAUGGAUCAUCAGUAAAGAAGGUUAAAGCAGGGUGGUUGGAUAAACUGUCACCUCAGGGAAAACGUAUGUUUCAGAAGCGCUGGGUUAAGUUUGAUGGAGACAGUAUUUCUUAUUACAAUAAUGAUAAGGAAGUUUACUCUAAGGGAAUAAUCCUGCUCUCAGCGAUAGUUACAGUCAGAGUCCAUGGGGAAAAUAAAUUUGAAGUUGUCACAGCUCAUAGGACUUUUGUCUUCCGAGUGGAAAAGGAAGAUGAAAGGAUUGACUGGAUUAAUACAAUGCUCGGCGCCUUGAAAUCACAGUCCAAUACCUCUCAAACUCGAACUGCUAUCACUCCUGAGAAAAGUGGAUACCUUGAACUAAAAGGAUACAAAACCAAAAUCUUUACUUUACUUCUGGGGAACAAUGUGUGGCUCUGCAAAAAUGAACAGGAUUUUAAGACUGGGUUUGGUAUCACUAUAAUCCCUAUGAAUGUGGCGAAUGUAAAACAAGUGGACAGGACAGCAAAACAGUCUUUUGAAAUAAUCACUCCCUAUAAAAGCUUUAGCUUUACAGCAGAGUCGGAAGGAGAGAAACAAGAGUGGAUUGAAGCAUUGCAGCAAUCGAUAGCAGAAACUCUCUCUGAUUAUGAAGUAGCUGAGAAGAUAUGGUUCAAUGAGUCAAACAGGAGCUGUGCUGAUUGUAAAGCUCCAGAUCCCGACUGGGCAUCCAUCAAUCUCUGUGUUGUCAUUUGUAAGAAAUGUGCAGGACAGCACAGAUCUUUAGGGCCCAGAGAUUCAAAGGUCCGGAGCCUAAAAAUGGAUGCCAGCAUUUGGAGCAAUGAGCUGAUUGAGCUUUUUAUUGUCAUUGGAAAUAAAAGGGCAAACAGUUUUUGGGCAGGAAAACUUCAACCAGAAGAGGAAUUGCAUAUGGACUCCCCUCUAGAAAAAAGGAUAAUGUUUAUUACACAAAAAUACAAAGAAGGAAGAUUCAGGAAAACUCCUUUGGGCUACAAAACCAAAGAAGAAUUAAAUAAGGCCCUGUGUGCUGCAGUAGUUAAACAAGACGUGUUGGAAACAAUGACAUUGCUAUUUAGUGGAGCUGAUGUUAUGUGUGCCACUGGAGAUCCUGUUUACAGUACUCCUUACUUACUAGCCAAGAAAGCAGGACAAAGGCUGCAAAUGGAAUUCCUCUACCACAAUAAAUUCUCAGAUUUCCCAAACUAUGAUACUGGUUUUGAAAGUGGCUUCUCUCAAGAUACUUCACAUUCUACUUUUCUUUGCGAAUUUUUAUACAAAGUUUCUUAUAAUGCUGCUAAGCUAUUUACAGACAGGAAAUUGAAAGAAGACUGCAAUAAAAGGUGGUGUACUUUGGAAAGUGGCUUCUUGAGUUACUAUGAAAAUGAUAAAACAACCACUCCUACUGGUAUGAUUGACAUCAGUGAAGUUAUCUGUCUUGUGGUGCACAAAGAAGACUCCUUUUUAAAUACAGGGGCCACUUUUACCUUUGAAAUCUACUUACUGACAGAACGUGUUUUUCUAUUUGGCGCUGAAACCGCACAUUCACAGAGAAAAUGGACCUGGGCAAUAGCCAAGCAUUUUGUUCCCUUCAUGGCUGAAUGUUUGUUAAAGAGAGACUAUGAUCUGAUUGGCCAGCUGUACUACAAAGAUUGCCAUAAUCUUGAUCAGUGGAGAAAAGGCUGGUUUGCUAUAGAUAAGUCAAGUCUACAUUUUUGUCUUGAAAUGGAGAAUGCUCAAGAGGAUUCAAUACAUCUAAGGAGACUGCAGGAGCUAACAAUCAGCAGUGUGAUUCAAAAUGGAGAAAAAAUAGAUGUCUUGCUGCUUGUUGAAAAAGGAAGAACAUUAUACAUCCAUGGUCAUACAAAGUUGGAUUUCACGGUCUGGCAUACUGCAAUUGAAAAAGCAGCACGUACAGAUGGUAAUGCCUUACAAGAUCAGCAGCUCAGCAAAAAUGACGUUCCUAUUAUAGUGAACAGCUGUAUAGCAUUUGUUACACAGUAUGGUUUAGGUAGCAAACAUAUCUACUCAAAGAAUGGGGAUCCUUCCCAUGUGAGUGAGCUGCUAGAGAGCUUCAAAAAAGAUGCAAGAAGUGUUAAACUGAGAGCUGGAACACAUCAGCUGGAAGAUGUGACUGAUGUACUGAAAUGUUUCCUGUCUCAAAUAAAUGAUGCACUUCUCACUAAAGAGCUUUAUCCAUUUUGGAUCUCUGCACUAGAUACACAGAAUGAAAAGGAACGAGUGAGGAAGUAUGGAACUUUUAUUCAGAGCCUUCCACCAGUCAACAGGGCAACUUUGGCAGCUUUAAUUGAACACCUUUACAGGGUGCAUAAAUGUUCAGAAAUCAAUUAUAUGAACCCGCACAAUCUAGCCAUGGUGUUUUCAUCAUGUUUAUUUCAAACUAAAGGACAUACCAGUGAAGAAGUCAAUGUAAUAGAAGAUCUAAUUAAAAAUUACGUACAACUCUUCGAUAUAAAUGAAGAUCAGGUCAAACAAAUGGAUACAGAGAACAGCUUUAUUACCAAAUGGAAAGACACCCAAGUUUCCCAAGCUGGAGAUUUGUUAAUUGAAGUUUAUGUGGAAAGAAAAGAGCCAGACUGUAGUAUUAUAAUAAGGGUAUCGCCUUUGACAGAGGCAGAAGAAUUAACUAAUGAUGUAUUAGGAAUAAAAAACAUCAUUCCCCACAAGGAUGAGAUCUGGGCUGCUUUUGAAGUGAUUGAAAAUGGAGAGCUAGAGCGCCCUCUACACUACACAGAGAAUGUGUUGGAACAAGUUCUUCAUUGGAGUUCAUUACCUGAGCCAUGCGCUGCGUAUCUUGUAAUAAAGAAGCUCCUAACAGCAGAUGCAGUAAAACUCUACAAUGAGAAGAAUGUAAAAGGUAAUGUGAAAGCAGGCUAUCUGAAAUACAAAGAAGAACCAUCAAAAUUACUGUCUGGAAAUAAAUUUCAAGAGCGUUAUUUUGUAUUACGGGAAGGAAAUCUGCUUCUUUACAAGGAUAUGAAGACUAGCAAACCUGAAAAAGUGCUGCCCCUCAGUUCACUGAAACUUUAUCUUGGAGUGAAAAAGAAAAUGAAGCCACCAACAAACUGGGGUCUUACAGUAUAUUCUGAAAAGCACCACUGGCACAUGUGUUGUGAUGGACAGGAUACACAGAUGGAGUGGAUGACCAGUAUUUUCAAUGCACAGCACAGUGAUAUAUGGCCACCAGCUGGAAAAGCAAGGAAACAGUCUAUAACUAAAAAUCCAAAGAUUGGAGGCUUACCUUUAAUUCCCAUUCAGCAGGAGAAAAAUACUUCUAAAACCAGAGGAAAUGCAGAGCAUAUUAAAGCUGGAAAGCUGACAUUCAGUGAACAAGAUGAAAAUGACAUUGCGGAAGAAAAAAAGAAUUUAAAAGAAAGAGCACAUAUCGUGGCACAAUGCCUAGGGCGCAAGGAGGAGAAAAUGAAAAACCAUGUGAAAAAACAUCGAAGCUUGAUCUGUGUUGAGGACACAGGUGCUGACAUUGCUGACUUACACCAAAGUCCCUAUAAAGAAUCGAGGACACUGAAGAAACAUGAGAACAAAACAAACAAAUCUAAUUUGGAAUCUGAUAAGUUGCCACCAAAUGUUAUUCAGGAACUAAAUACAGUUCUGCAGAAAAACAGAACCCUCAACGAAGAAACCUAA